UUCAAGUGCUAACAGCUAACAUCUCGUCGUCGAGUCAGCCAUCACCAGCAGCAAGCAGCAAGCAGCAGUACCAGCAGCAGUAGCAGUAGCAGACGGAAUCAGCAGCACCGUGAACAAAUAUUUCUUUUUUUUUUUUGGUUCAUCCGCCCGCUCACUACUCCCCCUCUAUCCAAGUGUGUGUCUCUGUGAACUGGCAGUGUGUGUGUAACAACAAAAAUCCACUCCUUGCGGAUGCGGACCGAGCGCGGAUCGGCCGAGUGACAACAAAAAGAAAAGCUACCAGUGUGACAAAAAGAAACACCCAAUAACCUUAAUCCAAACUGUGAAAGUGUCCCUAAAGCAGACACACACACACACACACACACACACAAACACACGCACACACACCUAAAGAAAUAAACACUUGCAAAAGGAUUAAAGCAAAAGUUUAGAAAAUUGUGAAAUAUUUUCGAAAAAAGACACCCACAAAAGUUGCAACGCCAAGCAAUCGCUGAGGAAGACCAAGUCGAAGACUCUCGCAGCGCGCCGAAGAAAACGAAAGAGAAGAAAUCGAAAGCAAGAAAGAAUAAAAGAUGACAGGAUCGACUAGCAGUAGCAGGAGUGCCGCUCGCAGCACACACACAAUGUCCAUGGGUCUGAUGAUGGUCUCGGCCAUGGCCGUGCUUUUGGUGGCGCUGCCGGGCAGUGCCGUGGAGGCUCGCAUGGCCUUUGAGAAGCUGACAGACUUUGACUUUCCGGGCAACACGUACUACAGCGUGAAGAAUCUGUCGCUGUACGAGUGCCAGGGCUGGUGCCGCGAGGAGGCCGACUGCCAGGCGGCUGCCUUUAGCUUUGUCGUCAAUCCGCUGUCCCCGUCGCAGGAGACGCACUGCCAGCUGCAGAACGACUCGUCGGCGGCCAAUCCAUCGGCGGCGCCCCAACGCUCCGCCAACAUGUACUACAUGGUGAAGCUGCAGCUGCGCAGCGAGAAUGUCUGCCACAGGCCAUGGUCGUUCGAGCGGGUGCCCAACAAGGUGAUCCGCGGGCUGGACAAUGCCCUCAUCUACACCAGCACCAAGGAGGCCUGCCUGUCCGCCUGCCUCAACGAGAAGCGCUUCGUGUGCCGCUCCGUGGAGUACGACUACAACAACAUGAAGUGCGUGCUGAGCGACUCGGAUCGUCGCAGCUCCGGGCAGUUUGUGCAGCUGGUGGAUGCCCAGGGCACCGACUACUUUGAGAAUCUCUGCCUGAAGCCGGCGCAGGCCUGCAAGAACACCCGCUCCUUCGCCAAUGCCCAGCGCAUGGGCGUCUCCGAGGAGAAGGUUGCCCAGUAUGUCGGCCUCCACUACUACACGGACAAGGAGCUGCAGGUGACAUCCGAGUCGGCCUGCCGAUUGGCCUGCGAGAUCGAGUCCGAGUUCCUGUGCCGCUCCUUCCUCUACCUGGGACAGCCCCAGGGCGCUCAGUACAACUGCCGGCUGUACCAUCUCGACCACAAGACCCUGCCCGACGGACCCUCCACCUACCUCAACCACGAGCGCCCACUCAUCGACCACGGCGAGCCCAUUGGCCAGUACUUUGAGAACCAGUGCGAGAAGUCCGCCGCCGGCCCCGGCUCACCGCCGGGCACCCUUGACAAGAUCGACACGCUGCCCGUCAGCCUGGACACCAUCGAGGAUCCCAAUCUGACCAAUCUCACCCGCAACGAUGUCAACUGCGACAAGACUGGCACUUGCUACGAUGUUUCUGUACACUGCAAGGACACUCGGAUCGCCGUGCAGGUGCGCACCAAUAAGCCAUUCAAUGGACGCAUCUACGCUUUGGGUCGCUCCGAGACGUGCAACAUCGAUGUGAUCAACUCGGACGCCUUCCGCCUCGAUCUGACCAUGAUCGGACAGGACUGCAACACUCAGAGCGUGACUGGCGUCUACUCGAACACUGUGGUGCUGCAGCAUCAUAGCGUGGUGAUGACCAAGGCGGAUAAGAUCUACAAGGUGAAGUGCACAUAUGACAUGAGCUCGAAGAACAUUACGUUCGGCAUGAUGCCCAUCCGUGAUCCGGACAUGAUUCACAUCAACUCGUCGCCGGAGGCGCCACCACCAAGGAUUCGCAUUUUGGAUACGCGCCAGCGCGAGGUGGAGACGGUGCGCAUUGGCGAUCGCCUCAACUUCCGCAUCGAGAUACCCGAAGACACUCCUUACGGCAUCUUUGCACGCUCGUGUGUGGCCAUGGCCAAGGAUGCGCGCACCAGCUUCAAGAUCAUUGAUGACGAUGGCUGCCCCACGGAUCCGACCAUCUUCCCGGGCUUCACCGCCGACGGCAAUGCCCUGCAAUCGACCUACGAAGCUUUCCGCUUCACCGAGAGCUACGGCGUCAUCUUCCAGUGCAAUGUCAAGUACUGCCUCGGCCCCUGUGAGCCGGCUGUCUGUGAAUGGAACAUGGAGUCAUUCGAGUCGCUAGGCAGAAGGCGUCGUCGCUCGAUCGAUAGCAAUGACUCGAAGAACACCACCAUGAACAUCUCGCAGGAGAUUCUGGUCCUGGACUUUGGCGAUGAGAAGCGCGAAUUCUUCAAGGCAGAUCCCAGCACAGACUUUGCCAAAGACAAGACUGUGACCAUCAUCGAACCCUGCCCCACGAAGACGUCGGUGCUGGCGCUGGCUGUGACCUGUGCGCUGAUGAUUCUCCUGUACAUCUCCACCCUGUUCUGCUACUACAUGAAGAAGUGGAUGCAGCCCCACAAGAUCGUAGCAUAAGUCCGACAGAGAGAGAAAAAGAGAGUGUGCGAAGGAAAGGAAGGGAAAA